AUGUCGUCAGACUCUGAGAUGGCUGUCUUUGGGGAGGCAGCUCCCUACCUCCGGAAGUCAGAAAAGGAGAGAAUUGAGGCCCAGAACAAGCCUUUCGAUGCCAAGACUUCAGUCUUUGUGGUGCAUCCUAAGGAAUCCUUUGUAAAAGGGACAAUCCAAAGCAAAGAAUCAGGGAAGGUCACUGUCAAGACUGAAGGUGGAGAGACCCUGACUGUGAAGGAUGAUCAAAUCUUCUCCAUGAACCCUCCCAAGUAUGAUAAAAUUGAGGACAUGGCUAUGAUGACCCACCUCCACGAACCCGCUGUGCUGUACAACCUCAAAGAGCGUUAUGCAGCCUGGAUGAUCUACACCUACUCGGGUCUCUUCUGUGUCACUGUCAACCCCUACAAGUGGCUGCCAGUGUACAACCCGGAGGUGGUGUUGGCCUACCGAGGCAAGAAGCGCCAGGAGGCCCCUCCACACAUCUUCUCCAUCUCUGACAAUGCCUAUCAGUUCAUGCUAACUGAUCGAGAGAACCAGUCGAUCCUGAUCACUGGAGAAUCCGGUGCAGGGAAGACUGUGAACACAAAGCGUGUCAUCCAGUACUUUGCAACAAUUGCGGCUAGUGGGGAUAAGAAGAAAGAGGAACAGUCAGGCAAAAUGCAGGGAACGCUUGAGGAUCAAAUCAUCAGCGCCAACCCACUGCUGGAGGCCUUUGGAAAUGCCAAGACCGUGAGGAAUGACAAUUCCUCACGCUUUGGCAAAUUCAUUAGAAUUCACUUCGGUGCCACAGGAAAACUAGCUUCUGCCGAUAUUGAAACAUAUCUGCUAGAGAAGUCCAGAGUCACUUUCCAGCUCAAAGCAGAAAGAAGCUACCACAUAUUUUAUCAGAUCAUGUCCAACAAGAAGCCAGAGCUAAUAGACAUGCUUCUCAUUACGACCAACCCAUAUGACUAUCACUUUGUGAGUCAAGGUGAGAUCACUGUUGCCAGCAUUAAUGACCAGGAGGAGCUGAUGGCUACAGAUAGUGCCAUUGACAUCCUGGGCUUCACUGCUGAUGAAAAAACAGCCAUUUACAAGCUGACAGGAGCUGUCAUGCACUAUGGCAACCUGAAGUUCAAGCAGAAACAACGAGAGGAGCAGGCAGAGCCAGAUGGCACAGAAGUUGCUGACAAGGCCGCCUACUUGAUGGGUCUGAACUCAGCAGACCUGCUCAAGGCUCUGUGCUACCCCCGAGUCAAGGUUGGGAAUGAAUAUGUGACCAAGGGUCAAACCGUGCAGCAGGUGAACAACUCAGUGGGUGCUCUUGCAAAGGCUGUCUAUGAGAAGAUGUUCCUGUGGAUGGUUGUUCGCAUCAACCAACAGCUGGAUACCAAGCAGCCCAGACAGUAUUUCAUUGGUGUCCUGGACAUUGCUGGCUUCGAGAUCUUUGACUUCAACAGCCUGGAGCAGCUGUGCAUCAACUUCACCAAUGAGAAACUGCAACAGUUCUUCAACCACCCCAUGUUUGUGCUGGAGCAGGAGGAGUACAAGAAGGAGGGAAUUGAAUGGACAUUCAUUGACUUUGGGAUGGACCUGGCUGCCUGCAUUGAGCUCAUUGAGAAGCCCAUGGGCAUCUUCUCCAUCCUGGAAGAGGAGUGCAUGUUCCCCAAAGCAACUGAUACCUCUUUCAAGAACAAGCUCUAUGACCAGCAUCUGGGCAAGUCCAGUAACUUCCAGAAGCCCAAGCCUGCCAAAGGCAAAGCUGAGGCUCACUUCUCCCUGGUGCACUAUGCUGGCACCGUGGACUACAACAUCACUGGCUGGCUUGAGAAGAACAAGGAUCCCUUGAAUGAAACUGUCAUUGGGUUGUACCAGAAAUCAUCUGUGAAGACACUGGCUUUACUUUUUGCCUCCUAUGGCGGAGCAGAAACAGAGGCUAGUGGUGGUGGCGCUGGUGGUGGAAAGAAGGGUGGCAAGAAGAAGGGUUCUUCUUUCCAGACUGUCUCAGCUCUUUUCCGGGAGAACUUAAACAAGCUGAUGACC